AUGUCGGAAGACGCGGCGGUACCGGAGCAAGAUGCCGUAGCCGGCGAUGCUUCGUCAAGUGACGGCGAGGCCAAGGACGGUCCUCCUGACGAUGCAGAUGUGACUCUUCGCAAAGUGUUGUUCGACGUUGAGCCAAGACAGUCUGCGAAUGGGAGCUUACCGUCGCCAAGCAAGAGACGUCGAAGUCGGCAGGCUGCCAUAGGUGGCCUCGGCACAGUCUGUGUUCCAAUUCGCGCAGGUUUAACAGAGGAGCAGGUGCAGGGUCUCCGGGAGGUCUUCAGCCUCUUCGAUCCCGACGGGUCCGGCCGAGUGUGCCCGAAAGCCAUCGCCAAGUCGGCGGCCACUGCGGGUUUGGAGCGGGACUCCCCCGAGGUGUGGCGUCUCUUGAGCUGGUUGGAGAGCGAGAGCUACGAGAGUGUGGAUUUCGAGGAUUUUGUGGCCUUGCUGACGGAGCCCUUGGGUGACCACUACAGCAAGAAGGGCACGUC